AUGCCUCACGAUACCUCCGUAGGUGUUCAGAAAUGUUGGUAUUCACUUCAAAUUGUGAACUGCUUUUGUAGCGCAAGUUCGUUUGCCAGCUCAUUCUUGUUGCCGCAGCGAAAUGCGUCGCCAAAGCCCUCUUCAUGCCUCGUGCACGGAGAUUUGCCCAUUAAAGUAAAAGAAGAGGAUGCUUCUGAAGUAUGCGGGGUAAAAGUGCGAGAUUUCGUGUCUGACUAUUCGAUUCGCACUGACCUCGUGGUUACUAAAACACAAACCGGAAGAGGCGUGGCCUCUUCGACACUCCGAAUUAUCUUUCCUGCCACUCACAAUUGCACGGCAAUCAAGAAUGAUGAUGUUGAUGAUGAUGAUGAUGAUGAUGCCGAUACUGACGGCUACUGA